CCACAUUGAAAUCCUUUAUCCAUAUUCCAUCCGAAGAAGCAGGGAGAGCAGCCGGCGCCAUCGAACUAUGGCGUAAAUUAGCAGAACGGAGUAGAUCGCGCCCAUGGCCUCCGGCUCCGCUUACUUCCCGCUUCGCCCUCUCUUUCAUGACCGCUGCAACCCAUCUCACUCUCGUUUCUCCUCUCUGCUUCGCCCCUCCCCUUUGCUCCCCGUUCAUCUUGGCUUCGCAUGCUUGACCCUCCGGUCCACUGCAGAUGGUGUCAGGGUCAAGAGCCACGCUGCCGCUGACGAUCCUGCGCUGCUAAGGAGGCCCCUCGACUUUGCCCCAUCUCAGGAAGAUCAACCGGACGAGCCUUUCUCCUCUGCAGAUCGGAGGACGCCGGGAAGAAGCCGGCGGCGGAAGGACGAGGACUGGUUGGACUGGGAGGACGUGAUUUUGGAGGACACCGUCCCCCUUGUUAGCUUCGUUAGGAUGAUCCUGCACUCUGGAAAGUAUAAAAGUGGAGACAGACUGAUUCCUGAGCAUGAAAAGACAAUAUUAGAAAGAUUGCUUCCAUAUCAUCCACAGUCUCAGAAGAAGAUAGGUUGUGGAAUUGAUUAUAUCACAAUAGGGUAUCAUCCACAAUUUGAAAACUCCCGAUGUUUGUUCAUUGCUCGGACGAACGGGGAUUUAGAAGAUUUCUCAUAUUGGAAGUGCAUCAAAGGUUUCAUUAGGAAGAAUUACCCUCUGUACGCAGAUUCUUUCAUUCUUCGGCAUUUCCGAAGGCGCAGAUUUGAUUGACGAAAUCAACAUAUAGUUGGCCGGCUUGAUUGGGUUGAAUCCUAAGUCUAUUUGAUGUAUUUGAAGGUGUUAUAACUUAAUUAAGUGCAUCAUUCUUGUAUUUAUUAUCCGAGAGAGUAAAUGAUGUAUCAAUGGAAGUAGCGUUGAUUUUUAUUUUUAUUUUUAUUUUA